CGUGUGACAGAAGUGUCAUGGCCGCCCCCGUCGCGCUCAUCCAGGGCGCCAGCAGAGGGCUGGGGCUCGAAUUCUGCAGACAUAUUUUGAGGUGUAAACCGGCCAAUGUCAUCGCGACGUGUCGAAACCCCGACGGGGCGUCGGAGCUGCGGGGUUUGGCCGGGCAGCACGCUGGAAGAGUGACCGUUCUCGGGCUCGACGUGACUCGGGAGGAGGACAUCCGCCAGGCGGCGCAGCGGGUGAAGGAGAGCUUCGGGCGGUUGGAUCUGAUGGUCAACUCCUCGGCGAUGCUUCAUCCCUCAGGGAGAGGAGAAACAAGUCUCCGGGACGUGUCAGCUCAGGGAAUCCUCUCCACACUGACGACCAACACGGUGGGUCCCCUUGUCAUGGCCAAGUACUUCGCUCCACUGCUGCUGAAGGGCAGCGGAGGCUUUGGUCAGCAGCCGCAAGACAAGGCCAAGCAACACAGUGGCGUCAUCGUGAACAUCACUGCCAAAGUGGGAUCCAUCGGAGACAACGGUCUGGGCGGGUGGUACAGCUACAGAAUGUCUAAAGCGGCUCUCAACAUGGCCACAAGGAAUCUGUCAAUAGAACUGAGUCGCAGUCGCCCCAAGGUGGUGUGUGUCUCGCUGCACCCAGGAACCGUCGACACGGAUCUCUCUCGGCCUUAUCACAGGAACGUCCCCAAGGACAAGCUCUUCAGCGCCCAACACUCGGUGGACUGUCUGAUGAGGAUCAUUGAGGGCCUGAACCUGGACAGGAGCGGAAAGGCUUUCAGCUGGGACGGGGCGGAGCUCCCCUGGUAGGCCGUGCCCGGACCCUGUACGAACGACACGGCAAUAAAGUGUUCUGACGAGUCUUGCUCCCGAGUCACAUGUGCGAGACAGUGUGGUCAUGACGGAUAGAUGUCCGUCUCCACAGCGGGAGGUGAAGCUCUGCUCUGGCUCUGCUCUGUGUGACGCUGCUUGAGUUGCAUUGAUGCCGAGGCUGAAGAUGUUUCACAGCUUUCCUCUGCUCUGUGUCGGCUCCGCUUGGUGUUGCACCUCCACCUCGCUGGCUCUCCCUCAGAUCUGUGGGCCUCCAUGAUGCUGAGGGAUCACUGCAUGACAUGAGUGGAGGGUGACACAAGCUCAGACCCCCACAGCCAUCUCCAGCCCAGCGGCCUCACCUGACCCCCUGCAGGCCACGAGCCGGCAGCUGAUCCACACGGUGUCACUCCGAUUGUUUGUUUACUACUGGACCUGAGUGGAUGGGACUAAUUGGCUUGAGCUCAAUCCAGUUAAGGGCUUGUGAUUAGCAUCAGUCGACACGCUGGAGGUGAAAUGAUGAGACUGACUCACUUCAAGUCCUGAAGCCCGGAACCUCUAAGGUCACAGAUCAUUGAGAACCCUGACUACAUUUCCUUUGCCUUUGAUACUACGUGUUCCGGUUGAUCUUUGUUCCAAGUUUUUUCAAUUUCUGAGCAGAACAUCAAACAAAAUCAAAUGUGAAAUGAUCAGUGGAAUCGCUGUCAUUAACCAGUGGAGGUCUGCGUCCAGAAUCGUAGCCAAAACUAGAAAGGCACUGGGACAGCGCAUACAUGUCGGCCCUACUCCUCAUCUUCAUCCGCACUGCCAUUUGGUUUGGUUGUUCAACUAAUAUUACUACUCUUUAUGGAUGUGGUCUUAUUCAAUACAGCAGAGGGCGCUAGCCUCACACAGCUGCCAUGACACAGCGCGUAGUGAGACAGAUGAAGAGACUGCAGAAAAUGAACGACAAAUGUUGUUAAAGCCUCAUCUUUUUUCACUAUUUGAUUCCUCCCGAGGGAUCUUCUCCAGGACUUGGAUCGGGGCUUCUGUGUAUGGAGCUUUCUGACUGAAGUGCUGCGGCCGCUCCUCAGACCAUGCUCCGGCUGAAACUGUUUAACAAUGGGUAUUGCUUGAUCUGUAACCACACAGGUCUCUGAAAUCUCACACAGUUCCCCCAUUUAGUUCAAGGUUUUUCAUGUUGUUUUCAUCAUCUGGCUCUUCUGGUGCUGCUUGACCUUUGGAUCUGAUCCCAACUGUUCAAUGCCGCAAACGUCUAGAGAUAUUUUCAAUAUGUGAUGAAUCGGUCGCUAGUUUUAAACUGGUUUCUGACUGAAAUAUUCUGUACUCCUGCCCUCAUAUUUAGGAAGUAGAAUGAUGACGUUGUGUGAGGCACUGUUUUCUACCUUCAAAAAUAUUGUUAGAAAAUACACUUCAGUCUGUUGAGACAGUCAUGAUUAACAACGCUGUUAUUACUAGCAAUGAUGCCAUAACUGUAAUAUGUCCGGUUCCCAUUUAUUCUUAUUCAUUAGACAGAGAUUGAAAGGGAGCAGCGUGAAGAAUUUCCUUCCCACUUUUCCCCUAGUCUUCCAAGAAAUGUCUGUUAAGUAAUCAAUGUGAAUAAAUAUACAUAGUAGAUUUUAGGUAG